AUGUCAACGCCAGAAGCAGAUCACUCAAGAGAUCCAUGCCCAAUCGUUAUCUUGAACGAUUUCGGAGGUGCCUUUGCCAUGGGAGCCAUUGGUGGAUGUGUGUGGCACGGUAUCAAGGGAUUCAGAAACUCGCCUUACGGAGAAAGAGGAUCGGGUGCCAUAAAUGCCAUUAAAGCGCGUGCUCCUGUGGUGGGAGGAAACUUUGGUGUUUGGGGUGGAUUAUUUUCGUUCUACGAUUGUGCCAUCAAAGGUGUCAGAAAGAGAGAAGAUGCGUGGAAUGCCAUAUUAGCCGGAUUCAUGGUGGGUGGUUCUUUGGCUAUUAGAGGUGGCAGAAGACAUAUCUUCAAUUCGGCUGUCACUUGCGCCUGUGUUUUGGGAGUGUUCGAAGGUGUUGGUAUGAUGUUUUCCAGAUACAUGGCAUGGGCCAACAAGCCUGUGGCUAUGCCUGUGCCCGAUGGACCAGGCUCACCGUUGGCAGCGUAA